UACUCUCACGCCUGGUCCAAUACGUCCAUUUGUUGGGGUUUUGGAGAAUCAAUUAAGUAAAAUAAAAUUAGUUUGUUAACAAAGCUAGUAGGUAAAACCCCUAGGAAUGAAAUAAGACGAACAGUAGAGAGAGAGAGAGAAAGGAAAGCAGGUUUUGUGGUCUUGUGUACAGGCGAGACUCGCAGAGAGUCGUCCUUGUGCAUCGGAUCAGACUAGAUCAUCGCCUAUUCAUCACAUCGGAGAAAGCAAAGAUGGCUUCAAAGCUGGUACAAUUGCAGAGCAAGGCAACUGUGGCUUCACAGUUUGUCAUGAAGCAUGCCUGCGUCUAUUAUAAGCAAUUGUUGGAGCAGAACAAACAUUACAUACAGGAGCCAGCAACUGUGGAGAAAUGUAAUGAGCUUUCUAAACGCUUAUUAUACACUCGGCUGGCAAGCAUUCCAGGCCGCUAUGAGUCAUUUUGGAAGGAAGUGGACCUUUUGAAGCAGAAAUUGAAGAACAGGAAUGAGUUGAAAGUUGAGGAGGUUGGAGUUGGUGUACUAUUUGCACUGGAAUGUUAUGCAUGGGCUUGUUGUGGUGAGAUUGUAGGACGUGGCUUCACAAUUACAGGAUAUGAUGUUUGAAUAUUGUAUCCACAAGAAAAACCAUUGAAAAUAUUUCAAUUUUGCUUUAGUUUGAAAGAUGGCUGUUGUCCAUAUUCUUUUGGCUACAUGUCAGACAAUUUGAAAUUCAGCAUUAUAACAGCUGUUCUUUUUGGAUUUAUUGGUUCAAACACACCAUCGCUACAAGCCAUCGGUUGCAUUUAAGCCAACACUGUUGCAUGGCAUUUGAGAUAAAUAAAUGAAUUUUUAUGGCA